AUGUUACCACCAAAAAAUAUAGAGUUAUUUGGUAAAAGCACAAAUAGCAACUUACAUGUAAAUCAAAAUGAACAUAGUAAAUAUCAGAGUGUUAAUUGGGAUGAUGACUAUUUAAUAUUAGAGUACAAGGAUGAAUAUGACAAGUCAGUGGAAGAAGUACAAUUACCUAUAUGUAGUAAAAAUCAGUAUUAUAUAUUUGACAGGAAUGAUUACUCUACUAAUCUGAAAUACUCUGAUUCAAUAUAUGAGUUAAUUCCUUGUCUUUCAUCUGUGUCAUCAUUAUGUGAGUUGGCUACUGAUAAGUUACUCAAUAUCUUGUCAAUGGCUACAUCUAUUAUAAAACAAAUUGUAAAGCAGAAAGAUUUAAAUAUUGAAACUUGGGACAUUAGAAGGUUUAUAAUUCAUGAACUACAGGAUAUAAAGAGGGGUAUAAUUGAUAUCUUAAAAUUCAAGAUGGAUGAUAUUAAAAGUCAAUGUAGUUUCAUAUAUAGUUCUAGCUUGGACAUAUUCAACAUAUUUCGGACUGAUUUACAUAAUAAUGAAGAGGAUUAUAUAAGCGAUGAUUUAUAUACAAAUAUUCGUCUAGAUUCAAAUGGAGUUAAAGAAGUGAGCGAUUUUAUAUUUCAAAGUGAUGAUGGAUCUGUAUAUAGUGAAAUAAAUAGAAGUGGUCUUUGCAGUAAGAUACAGUUAUCAGAUAUAAUUGAAGAUGGAGAAUUACUUAAUAAUAUUAGUGGGAAUGACCAAAUUCAUACAUUAGAGAUAGAAAGUAAGCUUAGAGUAAUUAAGGAUUCAAUAAUAAAAGAUAUAAGUGAGGAUUUGGGUGACAUUAAUGACAAGUAUCUAGGUAGUGAGGGUAGUAGUGAGGAUAAUAAUAGCAUUAUCAGUGAAUGCAAGUCUGAUAUAUCUCUAAGAUCAGAACCUACAAUUAAGAAUACCACCAUACAAUCAAGACCAAAGAGAGCUGGAACUGUAGUUGAUGUAAAGUUGGAGUCUGAUAAGUCGAAAAAUAAGAGCAUUCGUCUGAUUGAAGCUUAUAAAAACAUCUUAAAUACUGAAAGUAAGGAAAAUAUUGGUUGUAAUGAGGAAAAUUAUAGUAUUUAA